AUGUCAAGUAAAAACGUGACAUUUGUGAAAGACUUUUUCAUUGUUGGUUUUCCUGGACUUCAUCCUAACUACUAUGUCUUUGUAUCUGCAAUUAUUUUUUUCAUAUAUUUGUGCAUUUUGAUAGGAAAUGGGAUUUUUCUUCUUUUGUUUGCAACAAACAAAAGUCUUCAUAAACCCAUGUAUUUUAUUUAUAUUAGUCUUGUGUUGUCUGAUGUAUUGUUCUGUACAUGCACCUUACCAAAGAUCAUUGCUAGAUACUGGUUCCAAGACGGGACCAUUUCCUUUGCAGCAUGUUUUUUCCAAAUGUACUUAGUGCAUUAUUUUGGUGUGGUCAAUUCCUAUACACUAGCUUUAAUGGCCAUAGAUCGAUAUAUAGCAAUCUGCUUCCCAUUUCAUUACCAUAUUAUUAUGUCAAACAGAAAUAUAGUAAUUCUAAGCAUAGUGGUCUGGCUUUUUGCUCAUCCUAGCAGUAUAAUGAUGGUUGUUCGGGCUUAUCCCCUUCCUUACUGCGGAGCUAACACCAUUGUACACUGUUAUUGUGAUCAUAUAUCUAUUACCAGACUUGCAUGCACAGACAGGACUCUAUAUAGUUUUCCAGCUUUUGUUUAUGCCAUGGUAGUACUGCUAGGAUCACUUGCCAUCAUUGUGCUCUCCUAUUCCUUUAUUAUUUUAGCUAUUCUAAAAAUAUCAAGUACUGAUGGGUGGCUAAAGACUUUUUCCACAUGUAGUUCUCAGCUUAUAAUAAUUGCACUGUUCUUCUUACCAAGGUGUUUUUAUUAUUUGGCUGCCAAUAUAGGUAUUACAUUUAAUGCUGAUUUGCAAAUAGCAAUCAUUAUGUUGUAUAGCCUGCUACCUCCAAUGAUCAACCCUUUACUGUAUAGCCUAAAAACAGGAGAAGUAAAGAAAAUCUUAUUAAGAAAAUUUAAAAAAGUCCAAAGUAAUUCAUUUAAUGCUGAUUUGCAAAUAGCAAUUGUUCUGCUGAAUAGCAUGCUACCUCCAAUGAUCAACCCUUUAAUCUACAGUCUAAAACCAGAAGUAGAGUCACUCGGUUUUAACCCCUCUGAACUGGUGUUUCCUCACAUCGUACAGGGCCAAUUGAAAGUCCUACAGGAACAGUGGUUGUCCACUGUACCCACCCCGCAAAAUAAAACUAUCCUAAAUAAGAAGGUGGGUAAGGCUGUGGUGUAUGAGGCACUAGUGGCUCAGCAGGUCUUACCUGAGCGUGAGAUGCUUCCGGAGGUCGCAGCUCAAGCUCUUGGUGCUGUGGGAGAAUGGUUGCGUGCUGCUGAACGCCCCCCGAGCAGCCACGGGCUUGCUCUGUAG